AUUCAAAUAGAAAAUCAUAAAUGUAGCCGCAACUUAGAUGUCGAGAACACAUAGGCCUACUAACGCAGUGGUUCUGGUACUGCUGGCUGUGAUGCGCACUUCACUGUCCGAUAAGUAAAAGAGAUCAUGGUUUGGGCAGCACCGGCAGUCUUCACACACUUUGACAGAAAGAAGCAAGACGGUGAGUGAGAGUGAAUUGGGGGAGAACGGGAGGGUGGGAGAGCCCUCCCCCUGCCAAAUGUCUCUAUGGAUCCACUCCUUCAUAACCCCACUCUUCUCCAGCCUUGCGCAGAUGGUCAACGUGUCCAAACCGGACUGUGAAUCUGCUCACACGGCCACAAGAUGACAAGAUGAGAGCAUAUUAGAAGUUUAACUUUUCUGCCACUGCUAUUUAGUGUCUAGUGAAAGCCAAAGUAGUCAAAACACCCAGCGCAAGAGCACUUGGCUACAUAUGAAUGUCUGCCGGUCCCCCAGCGCACCGCGCUGGUGAUGCCAUGCCGCGAAGUCACACCGGCGAUGAGAGCAGCGGCGCUGGGCUCUGGCUGAAGACCCCAACAGAACACCGGGCGCAGGGCUACGCACUGAAAGAUGUGGAGUCUGGGCCGAGGACGAUGAACAACGCGGUGCGGGUCGGUGACGGUCUCCUGUCUCCUUCCACGGCAGGUGCUGUGGGAUCGGAGAGGAAGCAGGGUGCCCGGCUCAGCCUGUUGGGGAAGCCGCUGAUCUACAGCGCGCAGAGCGGCCGCAGGAACGCGCGGUACCGGCGGUUCCAGAACUGCCUCUACAACGUGUUGGAGAGACCGAGGGGAUGGGCUUUCAUCUACCACGCUUUUGUGUUCAUCCUGGUGUUUGGAUGUCUGGUUCUCUCUGUGUUUUCCACCAUCCCUAUUCACCAGGAAUUCUCCACACACUGCCUGCUCAUCCUGGAGUUUGUGAUGAUUGUAGUGUUUGGUCUGGAGUACAUCAUCAGAAUAUGGAGUGCUGGCUGCUGCUGCCGCUACCGAGGCUGGCAAGGACGCCUCCGAUUCGCCAGGAAGCCGUUCUCUGUUAUAGACAUCAUCGUACUUAUAGCCUCUGUUGCCGUGGUUUCAGCCGGUAGCCAGGGUAACAUUUUUGCCACCUCUGCGCUGCGUAGCCUUCGUUUCCUGCAGAUCCUGCGCAUGGUGCGCAUGGACCGCAGGGGAGGGACCUGGAAGCUGCUGGGAUCUGUAGUUUAUGCACAUAGUAAGGAGCUGGUGACUGCCUGGUACAUUGGAUUUCUGGUCCUAAUCUUCUCCUCCUUCUUGGUUUAUCUGGUCGAGAAAGAACUCAACCAGGAGUUCGCCACCUACGCCGACGCUCUGUGGUGGGGCACGAUCACCCUUACAACCAUUGGCUACGGUGACAAGACCCCGCAGACAUGGACUGGACGGUUAUUAUCAGCUGGUUUUGCUCUGCUGGGGAUCUCUUUCUUCGCUCUUCCAGCUGGCAUCCUCGGGUCAGGUUUUGCCCUGAAAGUGCAGGAGCAGCAUCGACAGAAGCACUUUGAAAAGAGGAGGAACCCAGCUGCGAGCCUCAUUCAGUGUGUCUGGCGUAGUUAUGCUGCUGAUGAGAACUCGGUUUCCAUUGCUACCUGGAAGCCUCAUUUGAAGGCGUUGCAUACCUGCAGCCCCGCCAAGAAAGAGCAAGGAGAGACUACUUACAGUCAGAAGUUGAGUUUUAAGGAGCGGGUCCGGAUGGCGAGUCCCCGUGGUCAGAGCAUGAAGAGCAGGCAGACGUCCAUCAACGAACGCCAGCGCUCAUCCCCUGGCAACGAGGUGAUGGGCGGCGCAGAUCUGAUGGGUGGGAGCCCUGCCAAAGUGCAGAAGAGCUGGAGCUUCAAUGAUCGGACCCGGUUUAGGCCGUCACUGAGGCUGAAGAGCCAGACUCGCACUGCUGUCCCAGAUGUGGACACAGGCAUGAGCGCAGAGGAUUCCUUUGAUGAGAGAGGCUGCCAUUGCGACAUCACAGUGGAGGAUCUAUCGGCUCCCCUCAAGGCUGUCAUCAGAGCUGUCAGGAUCAUGAAGUUCCACGUGGCAAAAAAGAAGUUUAAGGAGACAUUGCGUCCAUACGAUGUGAAGGAUGUCAUAGAGCAGUACUCUGCAGGACACCUUGACAUGCUCUGUCGCAUCAAGAGCCUUCAGACUAGACUAGACACUGUAGUGGGUCCCCCUCCAAGGCCUUUCAGCAGCCGCGUCAAGACCUUAUCCUCUCCCUCCCUGCAUUUAUAUUACAGCCAGGCCCGGAGGAAACAGUCUGCACCGGGACUGGCCAGUGCAGCGGGCUCUGGUCCCAGCCUGAGUAGCAGACCAAGGAACAUGUCUUCUCCUGCCCUGCAUUAUUAUUACAGCAACCACAGGAAGAAGCUCCCUGGCUCAGGGGUGGAUCAGAUUCUGGGAAAAGGCCAGAUUCCUGUAGAUAAGAAGAUAAAGGACAAACUGCACCCAGAUGGAGACUCCCUGGAGAGCAUGAGCAUGCUGGGACGCGUGUGUAAGGUGGAGAGACAGGUAACUUCCAUUGAAUCCAAAUUGGACUCUUUGCUGGACGUUUACCGCCAAGUCCUACACAAAGGCCCCACAGCACUUACCCUCUCCUCCCUUCCCCUGUUUGAGCUGGACAACCACCAGCAUCGCAACUCCGACUACCAGACUUCCAUCGUUGGUGGGGAUCUACCCUCCCCCCACAGAGGUGAUCCAGCUGGAGGUGGAAGAAAUAACAAUGGGGACAUACAUCGUUCUCUUAGCGCCAACCCUAGAGGCCUGCGGCUCAUCCUGGCACAAGCUGAUGAUGACGGCCCCCCAGACUCAGCACCUCCAUCUUAUCCCCCGUCAACAGCCUCACUCUCCCCAUCACCACUGCUGCCUCCCGAUAGCCCCUACCCAACCUUGGUCACCCCCAAUGGUAACUCCAAAAGAGCACACUUUCCUGACCUCCCACCGCCACCUUCCUCAACAGGGGGUUUUACCCUCCGGCUGCCCCCCAUGAUGCAUCCCUCCCACAUCCGAUACUCCGCUGACCCCGUUCCAGAUGAAAUGGCAGAUGGAGAGCUGGUGGAUGAGGGGAGCCUGGGCCCCUCUUUUGUUGUUGGAUCCAGUGUCGAUGCAGAUGAGGAAGGGGACAGUGAGGCAGGCCCUACCCAGGGAAGGGUGCAGCUGCGGGAGAAGAUUGGCUUGAAAUCUGAGGGGGUUUGGAGGAGGCACAUGAGCCUUGAGCUUGAUCCCCUUCUGCUGCUCUCGUCUAGCCCAGAAGAGAAGCCUUCAGAAUGGGAAGGCAGUCUUGGAAAAUCCCUCUCUGUGAACAAUCUCAACCAGCCUUCGACCAACCGUGCCCCUGGUCUUGCCUCCGUGCUCAACAACAGCAGCAGCAGUAAUGGUAGCAAACGUGGCAAUGCCUACGGUGACCUUAGAAACUGGGAUGGAACAGAACUCUUCGUUAAGGAGUGCAAGCUAGAGCCAAAAGAAGAACAUUUCAACUUACUGUCCCAGGGACCUGACAGCAGCCCCUCAGACCUUUUACAGACUGUGGAGGAGGCUGCACCUCACCCCGAGUUUCUCUGUCAGUCCCCACACGUACAGCGGGCAUAACUACACACACACACACACACACACACACACACACACACACACACA